AUGCUCCUGAAAGGGCCGGACCUACUAAAUUCUUUACCGGUAGUGUUGACCCGCUUCAGACAAAGAAACAUCGCAGUGAGUGGGGACAUACGUGAGAUGUUCCAUCAGAUACGAAUACGGGAGGAAGACAAACAGUCUCAGAGAUUCCUCUGGAGGGAUAAUCCUGCAGAUCCGGCGCAGAUAUUCAUUAUGGACGUUGCGACUUUCGGAGCGACGUGUUCUCCUUGUAUAGCACAAUUUGUCAAAAACGAAAACGCGAGGGCAUAUAUAGAAUCGUAUCCAAGAGCAGUACAAGGAAUAAUCGAGAAUCAUUAUGUCGAUGAUUUUCUCGAUAGCACCGACACAAUACAGGAAGCAAUUCAGCUGGUUCAAGAAGUGAAGAACAUUCACGCAGCAGCAGGGUUCGAAAUUGGCAAAUUCCUUUCCAAUUCGCCAGAAGUACUGAACGCAUUGAGCGAAUCGCAACGAGGUUCGAGCAAAUGUAUGAACCUGGAUAAGCAGGUGGAUACAGAGCGGGUUCUUGGACUGACAAAUUUAAUUGAGAACCGAAGUAUUCCUACGAAGAGUGUGUUGCGAACUGUUAUGACGCUUUUUGAUCCUCUUGGGUUCAUUGCACAUUUCGUCGUCCACGGGAAGGUGCUCAUGCAGGAUAUAUGGAGAUCGGGGACCGAUUGGGAUGUACCAAUAGACGAUCGACUGCAAGACCGAUGGCUCCGCUGGAGUGAACUCAUAGAGCAUCUUGAGAAUGUUAAAGUGCCUCGAUGCUUCUUCCAGAAGACAAACUUUCGCCCUACGGAUAAUAUACAGCUUCAUAUCUUCGUUGACGCGAGUGAAAUCGCGUACGCAUGUGUCGGAUAUCUCCGAUUUGACGAUGGGGUCAGGCGGCAGUGUACAUUGGUUGCUGCGAAAACAAAAGUCGCACCAUUGAAAGCUUUAUCGAUUCCGCGUUUGGAACUCCAAGCGGCCAUGAUUGGGGCAAGGUUAGCUCAAGCAAUUAGUCAAUCUCUGACUGUAACCGUCAAUCAGCGGUUUCUUUGGUCGGACUCAUCAACAGUGCUCGCAUGGUUGCGCUCGGAUAGUCGCAAGUAUCAUCCGUUUGUCGCGUUCCGAAUCGGCGAGAUACUUUCUAUAACCAGCAUUGAUGAGUGGCGACACGUACCAUCAAAAAUAAAUGUGGCAGAUGAUGCGACGAAAUGGGGAGACGGUCCUAGUUUUAAACCCGAUCGUUGGUUUUCCGGGCCAGAUUUCUUGUUCGAGCCAGAAUACCGUUGGCCGUCUAAUGCGAAAGAAAGUACCACUACACAUGAAGAGUUACGGGCAGUAUAUGUACAUCACAACAAAUUCUCUUCGCCGCUAAUAGAUGUAUCCCGUUUUUCAAAUUGGAACCCUAUGCUGCGAGCGACAGCAUACGUGCAUCGUGCCGUGAAUAUUAUGCUGAAGCGUGUCUCAAAGGCUGAAAACUUUACUUUACUGAGCGGAGAUUUGCAACGAGCCGAAGUGACACUAUGGCGACAAGUACAGACGCAAGUAUAUAGCGACGAAGUAGUAGAACUAAAUGUUGGAGCCAACCAUACAGUGAAUAAAUCCAGUCCGUUAUACAAGCUGUCGCCGUUUCUGGAUGAACUGGGUAUUAUCAGGAUGGGUAGCCGAAUCGGGGCGGCUCCUCAAGCCCCGUAUGCAGCUAAGUACCCUAUCAUAUUACCUAAGGAUCAUCUAAUCACGUUCCUCCUUACGGACAGUUUUCACCGACGAUUUCUUCACGCGAACGGUGAAACCGUGUUCAACGAAAUGAGACAACUAUUUUACAUUUCAAAUCUUCGCUCGCUUAUCCGGCGGGUUACUAAAGAAUGUCAACUCUGCAAGGUGAAGAAGGCGCAACCUAUGCCCCCGAUGAUGGCACCGCUCCCGAAAAUUCGUCUGACUCCAUUUAUUAGACCUUUUACCUACGUGGGAGUGGACUACUUUGGACCAUUAGAGGUGAAAGUAGGCCGUAGCAUAGUGAAAAGAUGGGCAGUGCUAUUUACCUGUCUCACCAUUCGUGCUGUGCAUAUGGAGGUCGCACACACUCUUUCCUCGAGGUCUUGCAUCAUGGCAUUUCGCAGAUUUAUAGCGAGGAGGGGUGCUCCAGCGGAAGUAUACACGGACAACGGCACCAAUUUUGUUGGAGCCAGCCGUCAGCUGAAUGAGGAAAUACAGCAGCAAAAAACAAUCGCUCACGAUUGUGCUACAACGUUCACAAAUGCUCACACGGCCUGGUUCUUCAAUCCACCCGCAGCUCCCCAUAUGGGAGGUGCCUGGGAACGCAUGGUCAGAUCCAUUAAGACUGCGAUGAAGUCAAUAUCUGAGUGUACUCGCCACCCAAGCGACGAGGUUCUCGAAACCGUUCUACUUGAAGCUGAAGCUAUAGUUAAUUCUCGCCCACUCACUUAUAUUCCGUUGGAGACAGCUGAUCAAGAAGCCCUCACCCCCAAUCACUUCCUUUUGUACGGAUCGAGUGGGGUCAAACAACCGCCAACAGUGCUGGGAAACAGUGGAAGCGCUCUACGCGAUAGUUGGAAACUCACCCAGUUGAUGGUGGAUGAAUUUUGGCGUAGAUGGGUGCGAGAGUAUAUGCCAAUGCUCACCAGACGAACGAAGUGGUUCGAACCAGUGAAGCCGUUGGAACCUGGAGAUCUAGUAGUGGUGAUGGAUCAGAAUUCGAGAAAUAGUUGGGAACGAGGACGCGUAUUAUCAAUAGUAAGAGGUGCGGGUGGCCAAACUCGACGAGCUACGGUUCAAACGGCAAGAGGAGUGAUAUCCAGACUGGCAACGAACCUAGCAGUACUUGACGUAGGAAAGGUUCGCGGUAUAGAGUCGUCAGUAGCCGCAGGGAGUAUCGGAGUGCUUCACGGGCCGGGGGAUGUUACAAGAACCACUGAUAAGUGA